CAUUCCCAUUACAAGUUAACUAGUUUAGUGGAGUGACAUUUUCAUACACUCACAAACAACAAGCCCAAACCCAUCACUGUAAUUUCAUUUUUCAUCUCUCUUACUCUCUCUUCUUCUCCAUUUAUUGCAGCCUACCUAGAAAUCCGAAACUGAAAGAUGCGGUUAUUAAAGAUUAAAACUUUGACAACGAUUCAGUAUCAGGAAUCGGAAAAUAUUGAAUCUUUGCACACAGUAUUUGUAGUACCACAGUAAAAACAAGUUUUACACACCAAACAAACAAAACAACCCUUCUGAAUCAAAACCACUGCAAGAAGAAGAAGAAGAAGAAGAAGAAGAAGAAGAAGAAGACAUGGGUAUAUUGCAGGAUGAUGUGGUGAUUAUCAGGCCACCAGAGAAAGAAGGUGAAGCAACUGUGAUAACAGUGAAUUGUCCCGACAAGACUGGUCUAGGUUGUGAUUUGUGUCGCAUAAUACUGUUUUUUGGUCUUAGCAUUGUCCGAGGAGAUGUGUCUACUGAUGGGAUAUGGUGCUACAUAGUUUUUUGGGUGGUGGGGAAGCAGAAGACAAGGUGGAGUUUGUUGAAGAAGAGGCUAAUUGGGGCAUGUCCUACUUGUUCUUCAGCUUCUGGAAUUUCUUAUUACUGCUCUGACUUGCAGCCUCCCAAGCCCCCUGAUGUGUUCCUUUUGAAAUUCUGUUGCCAUGAUCGUAGUGGCCUUUUACAUGAUGUCACCGAGGUUCUUUUUGAGCUAGAGCUUACCAUAAAGAAAGUGAAGGUGUCUACUACACCUGAUGGCAAAGUGGUGGAUCUGUUUUUCGUCACGGAUACCAGGGAACUUCUACAUACAAAGAAGAGAAAGGAUGACACAAUUGAGCAGUUAACAGCCGUUUUGGAUGAUCCCUUAAUCACCAUUGACAUUCAAUUGAUUGGCCCUGAAACUACUGCUUGUUCUCAAGCAUCUUCAUUUCUUCCAAAUGCAAUCACAGAGAAUGUCUUUGAAUUGGAAAGUUGGACUUCCACAUCAAAUUCUGUUUCGAUUGAGAUGGACAACAUGCUGAGUGCUGCUCACACGCUUGUCCAAAUCGUGUGCCGCAAUCACAAAGGUCUUAUUUAUGACAUCAUGAGAACUAUGAAGGACUACAAUGUUCAGAUUUCGUAUGGGAGAUUAGCAACAAAACCUACAGGAAAAUGUGAGAUUGACUUGUUCAUCAUGCAAGCAGAUGGGAAAAAGAUAGUUGACCCCAGCAAGCAGAUGUCUUUGUCAUCGCGCCUUCGGAUGGAACUACUUCAUCCGCUCAAAGUGGCUGUUAUUAGCAAGGGACCUGAUACAGAGCUUCUGGUUGCAAACCCUGUGGAGUUGUCCGGCAAAGGAAGGCCUCUUGUUUUUUAUGACAUUACUCUUGCUCUCAAAAUGCUUGGCCUUGUCGUCUUCUCGGCUGAAGUUGGAAGACAUAUGAUUGGAGAUCGCGAGUGGGAAGUUUAUAGAGUCUUGCUUGAUGAAGGAGGGGAAGGUUUAUCUGUUCCAAGGGACAAGAUUGAGCAAGGAGUUUGGAACAUGUUGAUGGGUUGGGAGUAGUAGCAAGCAAUACAUGGUUGGUGGCAUUGUUCUUUUGGAUGAACCUGUGCCAGUGUACAGUUAACAUGAUUAUCAUAUAGUUUUUAGAUUUAACUAAUGUAAUUAUGAUCUUUAAUUAGCAAUGUUUCUACUUUAUACUCCCUCCGUUCCUUUUUAUUUGUCUUUCUAGCACAAUUUUUUUUGUUUCCUUUUAUUUGUCAUUUGGUGAUUUAAGGUUACAUUGUACCAAUUAUACCCCUAACACAAUCUCAUUUAUUCCAUUCAAAGUUUAGUA